GUGACAAAUUUAUGAAUCAUUUGGCAACGUGACCUUGGGUACACGUAUGUUUGCAUUUUUGCACAGAUAUUUCCAUUUUGUUAGUUUCUAAAAUUAUAUACCUUAUACGUAGUCUACUCAGCAUAAGUAAAAAACAGCGGAAAGUUGUUGUUCACUGUAAGAACAGCCUGUUGUGAAAAGCACGGUCAAAUGAAAUGAAAGUUAUGAAUUCUAAAUGUUGAUCAGCAGCCUGAACACGUCCUGCAAAUCAAGCUCUGUCUAUUUGUUAUAGGGAGGCGGUCAGCUGCUUAUAUCAGGUUAGCAUUUCUGUAGCUGUUUAUUCAUCAAACCACAAAGUAACCAGAUCUCCCGACUUUAAAGUUGGGAGAUUAAGGAAAAUUUCACCGAUUCUGGGGAUCUCCCAUUAGAAACUUCACUUUUUGGAACAAAACCCUGGACUAGUGCAGAGUUUAGUGUUUUCCCACAAUCCGCAAAGACUUCGCGAAUUCAAGAGAUUGGGAACAUUAUUAAUAUUGACUUUGUUCACAUUCGUUCGUUUAUUUUCAUAUUAGUAGUCAUAGAAAUUUACUACAAUCAUCAGUAAAACUACUUUGAUUGUUUCUGUUAAUCUCGUUAGUGUUGUGUGACGUGGUAUUAAGACUUCAGCAGUUGCAUAUGUGUCAGGCCCCACAUAGACUUGGUUAUGUGCAUCGUGUCGUUAUCUACAGGUGGCAUUUUCUGGACCCAACAACCAGAGUGCACACAAACAAUAUUGAGCUAUGCGGUCGAAACUGAAAGAGUUUUUGCGACCUUAUGGAUCCAGAGGUCGACUAUUAUGGAGCCAUAAGGAGGAUUUCCUCUACCGUAUGCAUUACGAUUUUAGGACCUCUGAACCUCUUCCUAACCUUGACAAGUUUUCCAACCAUGUAGAAAAAAUGUAUCCACCUUAAUUUUUUGGUUUUGUUCAAUACACUUUUACUCUAUACUAACUGUGUUGACUGGCUAGUGUUUCUCAAAGUCACUUGCGAUUCGUUCAAAGGUCGUCCAUAAAUCAUAGUCUCGACGUAUUCCAGAUGCAAAUUUAUUAUUAAGUAGUUGAAAAAUUAAUCUAAUCGCCUCUUGUUUUCUCUUACGACAACAGAAGUAGGCUUAGGUUAGCAACUCGUUAAACAGAAGCUUUGUGAUUCCGAGGAUCACCUUAGUUACUGUUCUUUAAACCUUGUUCAACAGCUUAUCAUUUCUCUAAGCAGGGACUGGCUGAUCGUAUGGAAUAAUUAAGUUUAGACCAAAUGAAACGUGAUUAAAGGCUGGACCUAUUGAUUAGAGAGUUCUGAAACUUCUAAAAGCUAUUGGACAUCAGUGUACAGUAAUUUUCAAGUUUCGACGAACGACUCCUAAAUUAUUGUGUUGUUGGGCAAUGGAACAAUGUUAUAAUUUAUCAACGAGGCAGUGAAAUUAAGGAUAGCAAUCCUUAAAUUUUGGUGUGAAGUUCAUUUACCUAUAUGGUUAAAUAGCAUUCUGACGUUAUAACUGAUGUCAUUUUGUAAUGAAAACCCUAACUCUAAUUCCCAAACCUAACUUCUGGUUUUCAGUCGUAUUCAUAAUUCUUCACACUAAUCUACAACCCUCUUUUGACCCUAGAAAGUGUUAGGAGGGUCAGAUCAUCUGAGCAGUCCGAUUCAUCUACUUGCAUUCAAGCUGCCCAUUGUAUUCCUUGCUUCCUCCGAGAUGUUAAGGUUUUCAUAAUCCAGUCAACCACUAGAAGAAAGAAAAAACGGAAGAGUAAGCAGCAUUGUCUGACACCGGUCUUCACUUGGAAUGCAGCCGUCCUCCAUACACGACUUUUCAGUGUAGUCGACCGUAUCAAUUCCGUAUGGUGUUGACAAUCUUUUCAGCUACUUACUACAUUGUGUUGAAGAACGUUCCAUAAGACCAUCCCAUACACACUGUCAAACACUCCCAUAAUCAUGGAAGAUGGUGUAUAGUGACGAGUUCCGUUCACUUGAUUGUUCAAUAAUGAUCUUUAGUGUCGCGUUUUGUUCUGUAUGUGACCGAUCCUUACGGAAUCCGAUCUGUUGAUCUCGAAGUUGGGCGUCUAUUGAAUUUUUCGUUCGGUUCAACAACACUAUUGAAAACGUUUUCUGGUAUUGAUAGUAGUGUGUUGCUUCAUUAGUUCUCACACUCAAUGAGAUCUUUCUUUGGUAUCUUGAUGAGGUGUCCUUCUUUCCAGCCUGUUGACACUUGUUCUUCUUAUCAAAUCUUUCUGAUUAGUAUUUCGAGCAUCUUUGCAGUUACUCCUAUGUCGGAUCCUGCUGCUUUCCCACUCUUAAGUUAUCUGAUAUUCAUGCCGAUUUUUUCUUUGUUGGGGUGACAGCUAUAAGAAGGUCUGUGUGUUGCUUCGAUGUUGGGUACAUUCAGUGGGGUUGGUUUAUUUAAGAGUUUUUCAAAGUGCUCUACCCACCUGUUCCUCUGUUUGUGAAUCUUAGCGAUUGACUUGCCUUCUUUGUCCUUGACUGGUCGUUCUGGUUUACAAUAUUUCCCUGCUAGUUUCGCCGUUGUGUCGUAUAGUUGUUUUAUAUUUCCUUCUGUUGCGGCUUUUAACUAUGUCGUUGCUAGGUGUUUCACAUAUUUCUACGUGUCAGCUCUAAUGCUCCUGUUCACUAGCUUGUUUGCUUCAGUGUGUUCCAGUUGUCCUCCAUAAUAGUUUCUUCUUUUAGUAGAUCUCGUAAUGAUUGGAACCAAUUGUUGAGAACUGUCUUGAAUUCGUCGACUUUGUCAGUAUGUCGAAGGAAGGCAGUAUUUAACCUUUGUAUAGCUGUUUCCCCAGUUUUCCAGUGUUUUUUUAGCUUUAGUUUGAUCUUGGCCACAACCAGGUGGUGGUCUCAAGCUAUAUCAGCUCCUCUCCUGGUUCUCACAUCUUCCAUUGUCCUUCUGAAAUUCUUAGUGAUACUAUUAUGAUCUAUCUGGUUCUCCGUGAUGUGAUCCGGUGAGACCCAUUUAGGUUUGUGUAUGCGUUUGUGUGGGAAUAUAAUGCCACCUAUAACCAUUUCGUUGAAUGCACAUAAAUUCGCAAAUCUCUCACAUUUCUCGUUUUUUUCUUGUAAACCACGUCGUCCCAUGAUAUCUUCAUACCCAAUGUUGUCCAUUCUGACUUUGGUGUUUAGGUCUCUCUUCAAGACUGUCAGGAUCUUUCCUGAACACUUCGCUAUGAUCGAUUACAGCUUCAUGAAACUGAUCUUUAUCGUCUUCGUUGCAAUCAUUGGUGGGUGCAUAACACUGGAUAACAUUCAUAGCUGCGUUCGCCAUUUCAAUCGCUUCUGAUAACAAGCUAAUUACAUCUAAGCAGCACUGAUGGCAUAGCCACACGCAUCCGGGUCUACUAUAACUUGUUAACACUGCAGGUAUUUGAUUAGUGCAAACUUCAUGAAAUUCCAGAAAUAUUACCUAACUUUCGGUUUUUAAUACAGUAUGGCAACUUGGGAUGAGGUGCGAGAACUAGCUAACAAACUCAAAGAAACACAAAAUCAACCUAAUAUUUGUAAACUAUCUGAUAGAACAUGGGUCGAUAUUAUAAAAUAUUUAAUGUCUGUGAAUAGAUUAAAACUGGUUUUCUCAACUGAUGGGCGAUCAUAUUUAACUCGGAACGAGCUCGAUAAGGAAAUCCGAGAUGAAGUUGAAGCACAUUCUGGUAGAAUUACACUUACAGAACUAGCAUCAAAUCUUGAUGUGGAUUUCGAUAUCAUUGAAUCAAGAGUCACUGAAUUGAUAACCUUAGAUGCACAAAACAAAUCGCCUUGUCGUUUGAUCAGUAUACCCAGUGAAGUUGUCAACAGUUCAUAUGUUCGACGCGUAGCUCAUGAAAUACUUGAUCGACUAGAAGAGCAUGGCCAGACUAGUAUUGGUGAACUAACUGUCAUCUUUAAUCUGCCUACAACAUUCUUAUCGAGUAUUAUGCAAGAGUAUCAAAGUACUUUAUUUCAUGUACAUAAAUAUGGUGAGAAGUACUUUACAGAUACUUUCCUUAAUGCUACUAAGGCGAAAAUUCGAGGUUAUUUUACAGGUGUUAUCCGUCCUGUUACUUUAAGUUCAGUUGCUUCAAAGCUUCAAGUUCCUGAAAAUUUAAUUAAUAGUAUUGUCUCUAGUCUUAUCAGUACUGGUCAAUUGUAUGGUAAUCUGAUUGCCGGUCGUAGUGGCUUCGUUCCAAAAUGUUAUACUUAUGCUGAGGAUACAUACAUCAAUUCAUUUUACUCUCAGAAUGGAUAUAUUGAAUGGAACUAUUUAAAGCGAUUGAAUAUUCCUGAUCCAGGUUCAUAUUUAAAGACUAAGCUUCCGAAUGCUAUGCAUCUACCAGGUCUUACGGUUAACACAUUAAUAGUUGAUCAGUUAAAAUCUCUCAUUUCAGGUGUAAUCCGCGACGUAUCUUGGAUAGACCUAUCCCAUUAUAUUCCAAGUGGGUUAGAUUCAAAUGAAAGAUCGGCACUAGUGAACCCUCUGUUAAAAGAUGCUCCUGUGAAAUUACUUGACACAUAUUUAAUUGCUGACAAAUUUAUUGAAAGCUGCGAAGUUUUUCUUGACACGUAUUUAAGGAAAAAGGCUCAGACAGCUUUCCACCACGAACAUCAUGCAAUCCUGUCAAGUCCAACUCAACAACAAUCCGUAGAAGUUAAUACACCUAAACAAGUAGUUACAUCGUCCAAAGGUGGAUUUGGUUUUGGCGCACGUGAAAUUAAGACCAAAAAUGUUAAGAAAAAGUAUAAUCCAAGUAAACGUAAGACGGGCAAUCCAUCAACCACUACUGAUUCAGAAAAUAACUUUCCUAGUGGCAUUGGUGAUUCCCAGUCACUAACUAAAGAUCUUUUUGCUCGUUAUGUUCUCAUGGACGACGUUAGAAGUAUUUUGUCUUCACAGUUACCAAAUGAUGUGCCCAGUGAAAUGAUUGACCAGGUCGCUGAUAUGUUGGAAUCUACUUUACAACACUCAUUUAUAAAACAUAUUGGUUCACUGAUUUCACCAAAUGCAGGUGCUAACUUCGAUCGUGAGAAAAAGUUGCAAACACAGGAAGUGGUUAAUAGUAUGGUUCUCAGUUUGCAGUUGUUAGAGAGAGGAAUCUCUUCAAUAAAUCGUGAUAUCCUAAGAAACCAAUUAUUAGUUCAUCUUCUGAAAAAUUAUGGUAUGCCUAUUCUUCGGCAGCUAUGUGAUUAUAUUUCCUAUGAAUUCGGAAUUCCAUGGCCUGAGUCGACAACUAGUAAAAAUGAUCUCUCAAAAACAAACUCUUCCGAUUCAACACAAAAUAACAAUGUCAAAUCAAAUAUUACGGAAUCAUUAAGCAUUGAAUCGUAUCAUCGUCUCCUAGAACUGUUAAAACAUACUAGUUUACCAGAUGCAGUUUCAAUAAGCAGUGCUAUACAGCAAGUUUUGGACAGCUUUAAAGUUGGGCAAAAUAAUUUAACAUCACUUAAUGCAUUUUAUACUUCAAUAAAAAAUUUAUCAGUUGACGUUCUCGGUUUGACUAUUUCCGUAUUUCAUUCAUCUAAUAGUCAUAAUAAUAAACGAGAACGAGACGAACGACUUAAAGCUAAUGAAUUGGCCAUUCAAGUUGAAAUGCAACUCAAGGAAUCAGUAUAUGAUGCUAAAAUUAACAACGAUUUAUUAAAAGUUGCAACAACUGCAACUUUAGCAGCUACCUGUUUAUUUGCUCAAAUUAUUAAUGGUUGGCCAGUGACAGCACCUGGAAAAUGUGUACCUGAGUUGAUCGAUUGGUUUUGUGAAGCAUUAAAAUUUAAAACUGAAUUGGAAAGCAACAGUAAUGAGAAAUCGAAUUCACAUAUCACGGCUUUGAAAACAUUACAGGCUUCAAAUGUUCUCGACGAUUUGAGUAAAUUGGCUAAUUAUAUUUCGGAAAAGGUGCGUUCUGGAAAUGUUUUUGAAGAAGAAUCUGAUAUACAAGCCCAUUUGAAACAUAUACUUGAUGUAGGGAUUCAGUGUAGAAAACAGUUGUAUGCAUGA